ACGGCUUCUGACACUCGGCAGGUGCUGCUGCGCAGCCACUAAGCCUUCACCACUUCUCACCCGCACGGAAACCUCCCAACUCGUAGCCAGCAGAACGUGGUGCCGCUGCGAGACAAGACCCACCGAAGACUCCCGAGGCCUUCACGUCCAGCCGGUGACCCGCGCCGAUCUUCAAUCGCUUGAACUGCGGGCCUCGAACUGCAAUGGAGACAGAGUCGGGGCCGGUUCACAGCGCCUGCCCGAGACUCCCAUCAUCGCGGGGCUACCACCCUCUCGGCAAGAUAAGGCCCCGCGACGGCUCUUACCGAGGGGGUGGUCGGCCAGCACCGGCACACUCACGGCUACCAGCCCCAUAGUCUGGCCGUCGCCGUGGGCCGGAGCCGGAGCCGGCAGGAAGCGGACGCGCUGCCGUGGGGCACGGCACGGUGCCGCGUUCAGCUCUGCAACAGAACCGGGGGAGCGGUCAGAGGCGGUGGCAGCUCCCCCCGGGAUGGACUUUGGUGGGGGUUCCAUCACUGGCCCCCACUCCUCUCACCCCGCAGCAGAUGCGUCUCCACCGCCGCACGGACGCGAACCCACGUCACCCCCGCCGGCUUGUACACUGCAAAGAGCCCGGCCGGUACCGCCGCCAUGCCGCGCAGCUCCUCCCCGCCCCGUCCCGUCGAGCGCUUCCGGGGCAGGCGGGGGAGGCGAAGAUGCUUCUACGGAUGACGGCGACGCGGGCCCGGGUCUUGCUGCCGCAUGCGGAUCCCAGUUCCCCAGGCAAAGCCUGUCUGAGCCGCACCGAGCUGAGGGCCCGCGAUGGACGCAGCGGGGAAGAGGUGUCCUACCCACUGUACCCUGGGCACAUCCCUACCAACCCGCUGCAGAAGGCGCUGCUGGCCGCCGGCUCGGCGAUCAUGGCUCUUUAUGACCCCUACAGACACGACAUGGUGGCAGUUCUUGGGGAGACCACAGGCUGCCUUGCCUUGCCCAGCCUGCGGGACAAGAUGAAACACCACCCGGAAGGUUACCGCAUCCUCCAGGAACGGCCUCGCAUCCGUCUCUCUACCCUGGACAUGGCCAGGUUGCGGGGGCUGCCACCCGGCUCACUGGGCCGCGAGUAUGUCCGGUUCUUGGAGGACAAUAAGGUUUCUCCAGACACCCGGAUGCCACCUAAGUUUGUUGAUGAUGAAGAGCUGGCAUAUGUGAUCCAGCGGUACCGUGAAGUUCAUGACUUGAUGCAUACCCUCCUGGGUAUGCCAACCAAUAUGCUAGGUGAGGUCGUGGUGAAGUGGUUUGAAGCUGUCCAGACAGGGCUACCUAUGUGUGUCCUGGGAGCAGCAUUUGGCCCCCUCCAUCUCAACACACGAAAGCUGCAGGUCCUGGCCACCCAGCUGGUUCCCUGGGCAAUUUGGAGUGGGCGCAAUGCCAGCUGCAUCCUGAAUGUCUACUACGAGCAGCGCUGGGAGCAGCCAGUGGAGUCCCUGCGGGAGGAGAUUGGCAUCUUGCCUCCCCCAGAUGUUUGAGUGUGAGCGCUCAAGCAUGGGGAGAGGACAGGGGGUGCUUCUUGGCAGACAGCAGCCAUCUCUUGGCACACUCCAUCUCCUCUUGCCUGGCAGUGCAGUGUGGUUCCGCUACCACCUGCCAUGGACCCAAGGACUGAGUGCUCUUCUGCCAGGAGCUGACACCUACCUGGUGGUAGAGGCUAAGUGACACUUCCCCGUGGCUUGACAAAACUUGACCCAUUUUGCUAUUUCUAAUUCAGUAGAAGGAUGACAAGUCUCAGUGUGCCUUCACCAUCUGGGUCUAGGUGCUUAGUUCUUCCUGGCAGCAGAGCUUCUGUACUGAUGGGAUGGGGAGAGAGCAGAACUGAUUUACAACACUCACAGUGGCAAACUUGGCCUUCUGCAGCUCUCGGGCUGCGUAGGUAAAUCCCUCCUCCUAGCCUUCCCAGCAAGAUUGAGGCUUAAAUUCAGGAGGCUGCCCUGGUGUGCAAGAGUGAAAUCCCAUCUGGUACUGGUGCCUGACUGAUCUUGUGGUGGGUUGUGCCUCACACCUUUGAGACCAGACAGUGUGCAAUUGCAUGCUCCUGGAAGCAGGCAGGGAAAAAACUUUGGCUGUUACCUCUGCUAAACUGGUGGUUUGAGAACUA